AUGAUGCCCGGCGCUCUUCUCGGCGUUCUACUUUUGGCUGCUUCGGCCGCGGCACAGCAACAGCAGACUUUCCAAUCGACGAUUUUUGAUAUUCCGGCUGAGCUGCCCCCGGAAGAUUACGCUGUUCUCUCUCAAGUCGAAGAAGCUCCAGUGAAGAAAAUCAAAGACAGCGUAAAACCUAUCAAAGUGAACAAAGCCGCACUCCAGGUUCCACAAGUCCAGCCAGCUACACCACCGCCUGCGCCAGCACCACCUCAACCGUUACCACAACCGCCCUAUGCUGCGGCUACCCCCUCUCCCUUCACUUUCCCAACCCAUCCCACCAUCGCCCCGUUCACAUUCCCAACUCAUCCUACCAUCGCCCCCUUCACUUUCCCCACUCACCCAACUGUAGCACCAUUCAGCUUCCCAGGGCAACCGACACCUCCACCACCUCCAUUCAUCGUCCCUACUCAUCAUACUAUGGGCACUUUUACACUGCCCACUCAUCCAACGUUGCCUCCCUUCACCUUCCCAACUCAUCCCACAAUAGCGCCAUUUACAGCAGCUCCACCACCGGCACAGUUUUCUGGUAUCAAUGCGCAUGCUCAGCAGUAUCAGCAGUACGGACAGCAGCAGCAGCAGCAGGCUCAGCAAGGAGUUCAGCAACCACAAGAGCAGCAGGGAGGUGUUGGAGCCCAGCAGCAGCAGUAUAGUGGACAAUUUGGACAAGCUCAGCAGCUAGAGCAGUUCGGACAACAACAGACCCAAAAGGCUCUACAGCAGCCCUACCAGCAGUACCAGCAGCAGUACUAUCAAUAUAGUCAAAUUUACGCCCCCCAACAGCAGGUUCAACAGCCACAACAGCUUCAGCUCCAACCCCCACAGCAACCCCAGCCUCAUUCUCAACUCCAACAACCUCAGCCUCAAACUCAAGUCCAUUAUCAACAGCACUAUCCACAGUAUCAAGUGCAAGCCCAACAGCAAGUAGCUCAGCCUCCGGGACAGUUUCAGCAGCAACCCCAGCAAUUCGAACAAGUACAACCACAGGUACAGGCACAGCAGCAAGUACCAGCUGCAACCCUUCCGUCGGUACAGCAAGGUGUUCCACAGCAACGAUUCGAAAGGAUCGUCACGGCUGGUGAGGGAAUCGCUGUAGGGCCACCGAGACAACUUCAACCACUACCACAAGCAUCACUUCCAGUUGUAAAUGCACAGGUCCAAGAGAGUGCGCAACUCGUCCAACCGGUGCCAACAGCACAGGCUGCCGUAAAUCAAGGACGAAUUGAAAAAGUUUCAAGUUCAACACCAAAUCGAGUUUCAUUAUGGUUUAAGGAGCAAUACGACACCACCGCAUGUCAAAAGAAUCUCUCAAACAUCGCGCAGAAGUUCCGCACAAAAUUCCCCGUCUAUCUGCAAAAAGGAGGAAAGGACGCAGCUCUAGCUGAAUUGAUCGAACAACGGCUAAUUGAAUGCGAAAGAAAAUCUACUGCUAGCCACUGGGAUAAGGUGGAUAGCCUCCUCACCAAAGUUUCCCUUAGUAAAAGCGAGGAAUCCGAAUGUCGAAGUGGUCUUAUCCAAGAGCGAAUCUCUUGUGUCAAUUUGCUGAAUUAUGCUUGUCAGUUUAUUGAUCCGACAUUCGUCUUCCGAUUGGUGCCGGCGCGAAUUACCAUUCAGGAAGCCCGGCAAGCAGAAAACGGAGCCGAGAAAUGCCGAAAAGUCGUGCGUCUUGUAAAGAAACGACUAGAAGGAUGAAAAAUUCAUGAGUGUAACCUUUGAGUGCAAUAUAAAUAAUGAAAUACCUGUUUUCGUUGUAAAUUCAGUUGAGCGCAGUUUUUCUGCAAUUUCCGCAAUCGCGAUCGUGUACUUAAAUAUGUUUUCUAUGAAUUUGUUUGCUCACAUUGGACUUAUAGUCCGUUCUUCCAUAAAAACCCAUUUC